AUGAACGCAGUCAUCAUGGAGCAUCAAGAGAUCGCUAGUACAGAGACAGAUCCCGCUUUCGCUUGGGUCUCCAAUGCAAACCCAGCUGCCCAGCUACGUCUGCAAGCGCCGCGCCCUGUUCGCAAUCACUUCUUGAAGGGUAUUUUGUCGGACAACGCACGGAUUGCCUUCAAUGUGACUGUGAAAGCAGAUCGCAAUCGCCUCGAUGCAUCUCUAAUGCAGUCGUUGUACGAGAUCACUGAUUUUUCUCAUGCUUUACACGUCUACGCGACCCGCAAUGGUUGUACACUCCCCGGCCAGCUCCUAUUCAAUACAUGGUUGAAAUUUCGCAUCCAGUUAUUUUCCGCAUUCCACACUUGCAGGAUCAUGCCGAGCCAACAAAUUCACGCCGAGCCACCUUCCAGUAAUUUUCCUAGAGGGAAUUGCGAUGCCGUAUUGUUUAACCAGAGGGUCGAUGGGUCUUAUGUCGCUCAAGUACGAGCCAUAUUCCAGCCAACCCUCCCCAGAGGUUCUCGUGCGCAGUUCCCCGAGCGCUUGUCUCAGGUGCUGGUAUAUAUCCAGCAUUUUGACUUCGUCGUGCCUGGCCCCGAGCCAUCUACGGGCAUGUGGAUGAGGGUGAUCAGAUGCGGAUCCAUAAUUCCUCUCACAGACGUUACACAUGCGGUGGAGAUUAUACCUGUCUAUCAAGGACCAUUGGGCAAGGAGGUGAAUUCUGGGAACUCGAUGGAGGUGUUCGACGACUAUUUCUUGAAUAAUUUUGCAGACAAAGAACUGUACCACUCGCUAUCAGUGAUCUCAGACGCCUAG